CUUUGAUAUUGAAUAAAGCAAAGUCAGGCACAAAUACAUCGAGGUUAUGUCUUGUUGUUCAGGGGUUAUGUUUAAAUUCUUUUAGGUUAAAUUAUUCAAUAAAAAGAUUCAAAUAUCUAAACAAAGAUGAAUAUAUCUUUGGCAUUGCGUUCUCGUACCCAAAAUAUUAGAAAAACCCAACAGAUAUUGGGUCGAUGCCUAUUUUCCACUAAGGUGGAUGAACAAAUCAAAAUACCCAACCGAAUACCACGAGGCCCCACAGAUAUUUUACGUGCCCUCGAAAGCACGGUUUCCAGAGACCCUACAGCAACGCAUUUCAAAUACCAUGAUGAUCCAUUUCUUAUUCCAAUGUCGAAUGUAGGUAAAAGAACAUUUGCAAUGGCACAAGAAUCUGGUAGAAAAGCUGCACAUUGGAUAAGAAAAGAGCAUCCAGAUUUAUUUAAUCAUAGGGAGUGUGAUCCACCAAUUAAGGCAUUCUUUCCCAGAGUCACAUUUGAUGAAAACAGUGACAUAACUGAAGAUGACUUAAAGAAUGUAAUUAAUGAUGUUCAGGUUGCAGAGGCAAUAAGUGUGUACAACUUAUGUAAAAAUAAGAAUGUUGAAAUAACACCAGAGACACAACAAUCUUUGCUUGAAUUACUUUGUUAUUACAACAGUGAAGACACAUUAGAUGAGGAAUUUAUUGAAGAAAGAUGGUUUAGGCAAAGCUCUAAAUUAAAGGAAAAGCAACGUAAAAUUUGGAAAGAUGGUAAUUUUGCCGAAGAACUGUUUAUAUCCAUUGAAAGUCCAAAUGCUGAAGUUUAUUCUGCAAUUAUCCAAGGAAUGGCAAAGCACUUGCAAGUUGAUAGGGCUUGGCAAUUAUUUGAAGAGGCACAACAAAAAGGAAUUAUUGUAAACACAGACACAUACAAUUCUCUUAUAGGUGUAGCACAUUAUUUAAAAGAAGGCUAUGAACAAAGAUGGGAAUUUGUUGUAAACUUGUUAAGUGACUUGAACAAAGCUGAAUUACGGCCUAAUUUGGGAACAUUGAAUGCUGUACUACAAGUCCUAAGUACCAUGGGUACUGGAAAGCUUACAAAGUCUUACACUUUAAAAGUGCUAAAAGAAUUCAAAGGGCUUGGCAUUGAACCUUGUUUAACUUCUUGGUACUAUGUAUUAAUUACAUUUUGUAAAGAAAGAGGACCAAAGAGUACCAUAUUAAAUGAUAUAAUGGCAUUAGUUGAAAAUAAGGAACACACAAUUCAAGAUAUUCGAGAUACAAAUUUCUUUGUCACAGCUAUGGAUAUUGCCAGAAAUCAUCUGCAUGAUGUUGAAUUAGCAAGAAGAGUAGAUGCAUUGCUUCAUUUUGGCAACAAUUAUGACCUUAUUGGUGACUCAUACAAGGAGUCCAUCUAUUAUCGUAAUUAUUUUGUACUUUUGGCUGAAAAUCUACCAGUUGAGGAUUUCAUGAGAGAUGUUUAUGAUAAAUAUGUUCCUCACAUUUAUGUACCAGAGCCUGGGGUAAUGGGAGAAAUUUUAAAUAUUAUUGAUUUAAGUGGACUUGUAGAACAUGUUCCUCGUUUAUGGACUGAUAUGACCAUAUUUGAUCACACAAACAGAGAAAAUUUGUUGGAUCUUGUUUUGAAAAUUAUGGUUAAUAAUGAAAGUCCUGAACACACUUCCCAAUUUGGCAAUAUUGCCUGGGAUAUUUACAAUAAAAUUGAAAAUCAGAAUGAAAAUAGAACAAAUAAAUUAGUUUUCACAGGAGAUAUGUUGGGUAAAAUAUUAACUUUAAUAAUAAGACAGAAGGACUUCCAAAAAGCCUGUGUAGUAAUGGACAAAUUGGAUAAAGGACAUUCAAUAAUAGCUGGAGUUCCAAAGUUAGAGGCGUUAUCUCUAUUUGUUGAUCAAUGCAUUGAAGAAAAAGCACCAAGCAAAGCUAUUGCUUGCAUACAAUAUUGCUCAGAUAGUGGGUUCCCUGAAGCUGGAUUAUUAGCUGCAAGACUAAAUGAGAAACUUACUUUAGAUGAGCAACAUUUAGAAAAACUUUCAAAAAUAGUUGGAAAUUUAAAUUUACUUAAAGUAAAUUAAACAACCGUUAUCAAUAGAUGUAAAUAAAUUGUUUUAAUAAAUAAUAUAAGAAUAAAUA